AUGUCCAGACCGCUACAAGCAGCAAUGCACCGCGUUCUACAUCUCGGCAAAGCAGCCGGAAAGCCGGGUGAGGUAUAUUACCCUCUCCGCCUCAAGCAGACUAAGACUCCCACCCCAAAGCAAAAUGAGGUUUUGGUCCAACUCAAGGCCGCAGCGCUGAACCAUCGCGAUCUUUUCGUGAGACGCCAUCAAUACCCAGCUAUAUCUCUCGAGAACCCCAUGCUGUCAGAUGGGUACGGCGUAAUUGUUGAGCUUGGUAAAGGAGUUUCCGAUCAGUCUCUCCUCGGAACAAAUGUCCUUUUAACACCCAUGCGAGGCUGGACUUCAGACCCAGCUGGCCCUGAAGUCCCAAGCGAAUGGUCCAUCACUGGAUCGACUCGUCUUUACCCUCUAGGAACAGCGCAAGAGUAUGUCUGCGUUGAGCAGGAAGAAGUUGUCUCGGCUCCAAAACAUCUUUCCGCUGCUGAAGGGGCAGCUUUACCACUUGUUGGACUUACAGCCUGGCGGGCACUGACCACCAAGGCUAACGUACGGCAAGGGCAGAACAGUCUUAUUACAGGCAUCGGAGGUGGCAUUGCUCUUUCAGCGUUACAGUUUGGCAAGGCGAUGGGUGCUAAUGUCUUUGUUACCUCUGGUAGCCAAGAAAAGCUUGACCAUGCUUGA